UGUUGCAGUGCCAAGCAAGUGACUGGAUGGUUUUCGAAAAUGGUCUUAUAAUGCUGCAGGAUUCAACAAACUGGGGGUAAUGCGAGAUGAUACAAUAUACAAGACUGAAGAUGUGAAAGAAGCCAUAAGAAGGCUUUCUGAGAAUCUUUAUAAUGACAGAAUGUUUCAAGUUAAGAGAGCUCUGGACCUGACCAUGAAGCAUCAGAUCUUGCCUAAGGAGCAGCGGACAAAAUAUGAGGAGGACAAAUUCUACCUUGAGCCCUAUCUGAAAGAGGUUAUUCGGGAAAGAAAAGAGAAAGAAGAAUGGACGAAGAAGUGAUC